GGUUUACUUGUGCGAAUCCCUGCUUGAAAAACUUCCAGUACAAAGUUAUCUAAAGACUUAAAAAUGCCUCCACGGCCAUCAUCUGGCGAACUAUGGGGCAUCCACUUGAUGCCACCGAGGAUCCUUGUGGAGUGUCUUCUCCCAAAUGGAAUGAUAGUGACUCUAGAAUGCCUCCGUGAGGCCACCUUACUAACUAUUAAACAUGAACUCUUCAAAGAAGCGAGAAAAUACCCUCUAUAUCAGCUCCUUCAAGAUGAAUCUUCUUACAUUUUUGUAAGUGUUACACAAGAAGCAGAAAGAGAAGAAUUUUUUGAUGAAACAAGGAGACUUUGUGACCUGCGACUAUUUCAGCCUUUUCUAAAAGUCAUUGAACCAGUAGGUAACAGAGAAGAAAAGAUUCUUAAUAGAGAAAUAGGUUUUGCUAUUGGCAUGCCUGUCUGUGAAUUUGACAUGGUUAAGGAUCCAGAAGUACAAGACUUCAGAAGGAAUAUUCUUAAUGUUUGUAAAGAAGCGGUGGAUCUUCGAGAUGCCAAUGCACCACAUAGUAGAGCGUUAUAUGUCUGUCCUCCAAAUGUAGAGUCUUCACCUGAGCUACCCAAACACAUAUACAAUAAACUAGAUAAAGGGCAAAUUAUAGUGGUGAUAUGGGUAAUAGUCUCACCAAACAAUGACAAGCAGAAAUACACCUUAAAAAUCAAUCAUGACUGUGUGCCUGAGCAAGUUAUUGCUGAAGCAAUUAGGAAGAAAACGCGAAGUAUGUUGCUGUCAUCUGAACAACUGAAACUUUGUGUCUUGGAGUACCAGGGCAAAUACAUUUUAAAAGUGUGUGGCUGUGAUGAAUACUUGCUAGAAAAAUAUCCACUGAGCCAGUAUAAGUAUAUAAGAAGCUGUAUAAUGCUUGGUCGCAUGCCCAAUCUGAUGCUGAUGGCUAAGGAAAGCCUAUAUACCCAGCUGCCACUGGACACCUUUACAAUGCCGUCUUAUUCCAGGCGUAUCUCUACAGCUACACCCUACAUGAAUGGAGAAGCUACAGCCAAAUCCCUGUGGACUAUAAAUAGUGCUCUCAGAAUAAGAAUCCUCUGUGCAACCUAUGUAAAUGUGAACAUUAGAGACAUAGAUAAGAUCUAUGUUAGAACAGGUAUCUACCAUGGAGGGGAACCUUUGUGUGACAAUGUGAAUACUCAAAGGGUACCUUGUUCUAAUCCCAGAUGGAAUGAAUGGCUAUUGUAUGACAUGUACAUUCCUGAUCUUCCACGUGCUGCUCGGCUCUGCCUUUCUAUCUGUUCUGUUAAAGGCCGGAAGGGUGCUAAAGAGGAGCACUGUCCAUUGGCUUGGGGAAAUAUAAACAUGUUUGAUUAUACAGACACUCUUGUAUCUGGGAAAAUGGCUUUGAAUCUUUGGGCAGUGCCUCAUGGGCUGGAGGAUUUGUUGAAUCCUAUUGGUGUUACUGGAUCAAAUCCAAAUAAGGAAACUCCAUGUUUAGAGCUGGAAUUUGAUUGGUUUAGCAAUCCUGUAAAGUUUCCAGAUAUGACGGUGAUCGAGGAACAUGCCAAUUGGACUAUAUCACGUGAACUGGGGUUUAACUACAGCUAUGCGGGGCUGAGUAACAGAAUAGCUAGAGAUAAUGAAUUAAGAGAAAGUGACAAGGAGCAACUGCGAGCCAUAUGUACGCGAGAUCCUCUGUCUGAAAUCACUGAGCAAGAGAAGGACUUCCUCUGGAGCCACAGACACUAUUGCGUGAAUACUCCAGAAAUUCUGCCCAAAUUACUUCUGUCUGUUAAAUGGAAUUCUAGAGAUGAAGUGGCCCAGAUGUACUGUUUAGUAAAGGAUUGGCCUCCAAUCAAGCCAGAGCAAGCAAUGGAGCUUUUGGACUGUAAUUAUCCAGAUCCAAUGGUGCGAGCUUUUGCAGUUCGGUGUCUAGAGAAGUACUUGACAGACGACAAACUGUCUCAGUACUUAAUCCAGCUAGUACAGGUUCUGAAAUAUGAACAGUAUUUAGAUAAUCAGCUUGUGAGAUUUUUACUCAAGAAGGCACUGACCAAUCAAAGGAUAGGACACUUCUUCUUUUGGCAUUUAAAGUCUGAAAUGCACAAUAAAACUGUAAGUCAGAGGUUUGGUUUACUUCUGGAGUCCUAUUGUCGAGCAUGUGGAAUGUACCUAAAGCAUCUGAGCAGGCAGGUGGAGGCUAUGGAGAAGUUGAUUAACCUCACAGAUAUUCUCAAGCAGGAAAAAAAAGAUGAGACCCAGAAGGUACAGAUGAAGUUUCUUGUUGAACAAAUGAGACGGCCAGAUUUUAUGGAUGCGUUACAAGGUUUUAUCUCUCCUCUUAAUCCUGCGCAUCAACUGGGAAAUCUUCGGCUUGAGGAGUGCAGGAUAAUGUCAUCUGCAAAAAGACCCCUGUGGUUGAACUGGGAAAACCCAGAUAUUAUGUCUGAAUUGUUAUUUCAGAACAAUGAGAUAAUCUUUAAAAAUGGAGAUGACUUACGUCAGGACAUGCUGACACUUCAGAUAAUUAGAAUUAUGGAAAACAUCUGGCAAAAUCAGGGUCUUGAUCUUCGGAUGUUGCCUUAUGGUUGUUUGUCUAUUGGUGACUGUGUGGGACUCAUCGAGGUAGUGAGAAGCUCUCAUACAAUCAUGCAGAUUCAGUGUAAAGGAGGUUUAAAAGGAGCAUUGCAGUUCAACAGCCAUACACUGCAUCAGUGGCUCAAGGACAAGAACAAAGGAGAAAUGUAUGAUGCAGCUAUUGACUUGUUUACACGUUCUUGUGCUGGCUACUGUGUUGCUACCUUUAUACUGGGCAUUGGUGAUCGCCACAAUAGUAACAUCAUGGUAAAAGAUGAUGGACAACUGUUUCACAUUGACUUUGGGCACUUCCUCGAUCACAAGAAGAAAAAAUUUGGUUAUAAAAGAGAACGUGUGCCAUUUGUCUUAACACAAGACUUUUUAAUAGUGAUUAGUAAAGGAGCCCAGGAAUGUACCAAAACAAGGGAGUUUGAAAGGUUUCAGGAGAUGUGUUAUAAGGCUUAUCUAGCAAUUCGGCAGCAUGCCAAUCUCUUCAUAAAUCUUUUCUCCAUGAUGCUUGGCUCAGGCAUGCCAGAACUGCAGUCCUUUGACGAUAUUGCGUACAUUCGAAAGACCCUUGCAUUGGACAAAACUGAGCAGGAAGCUCUUGAGUACUUCAUGAAGCAAAUGAAUGAUGCUCACCAUGGUGGCUGGACAACAAAAAUGGACUGGAUCUUCCACACAAUAAAGCAACAUGCUUUGAACUGAAAUGAAAGCAAAGAAAACAAGAACUGAUAGCCCGCUUUGUGGGUACUGCACUGUUAAUACCCGUUAGCAGCAAAGACUGGUUGCAUAGGAAUUGCACAAACCGUGAACAACAUUAGAAUUUAUGGCAAGAAAAGAGAUGAACUGUUCAGACAACUGUCAAAAAAUAAUGUAAAACAGGGUUUCAGAUAGCACUAAAAUUGUACACUUCAAAAAUUAAGCUUUAGUAUGAUGUGUGACUUCAUGUUAUGCCUUAAGCCCAAAAAGGUAAACUUGGAAGAAUGUUUCCUUUUUUCAUUUGAUAGGAUAAAUUAGAAGGAAAAAGAAAAUAGUGCUAGCAUGAACAUAGUCCAUCACAUAUUACCUU